CUCCCAUCACUAGCCUAUAUCAAUAUCACUGUUAUCACUAUCAGUGUUGAGUGUUUUGACUGUUAUCUUAUCGUGAAAUGAUAUCAUUUUGUAGUUUGUAUUUGUAAUGCUGUGAGUGUAGCAUAUUGCUAAUUAAAUUGAUUUAUUGUUUAACAAGAAUUAAUAUGUUGGAUUUUCGCACGUGUUGCAAGAAUUGAAUGUUUUGUGGUUUUAUUAUUAGUUGACAUACAACAUUUGAAUAUGAUUUCAUAUUAUAAGCUAACUCCUAUUAAACUUGGCUGUGAGGUGAGGGGAAUAGACUUAAAAACUGAGACAAGGAAAGAAGUCAUUGAAAGGAUAAAGGAAGAUGUAACUGAACACCGUAUGCUGAUCUUCAAGGACCAAAGGGUGAUCACUGGUGAUCAACAAGUGCACAUCAGCGAGUGGUUUGGAGAAGUAGAGGACACAUUUUAUAAGCAUGAAAAGUCUCCUCAUCCUAAAGUGGCUCGCAUUUCUAACGAUCCGAAUGAAGGGUACACAGGUGUGGGGCGAACAGGUUGGCAUAUUGAUGGCACGUUCCAGUAUGCACCAAACGCGUAUUCACUGUACUACAUGGCCAGUGUACCUAAGGAGGGUGCCACUGUGUUUGCCCCCCUCACUGAAGUCAUAGAGGACCUUUCACCCGAGAAAUACGCAGAGUGGGAUCGACUUUGGAUGGUCAUUAAUCGCAGAACUGGUCCUAUACAUCCACUGAUAUACACCCACCCCAGAUCAAAGAAAAAAGUACUAUGUUUUCAUUUGGGGCUUACCUGUGAUUUUGUGUACAAUUAUCGCAGCCCCGGAGAACGUCUUACAACUCCACAGGAGUUGGAACGAAUACUCAGUGACAUUAACCAGGAGUUUGUGAAGGAUAAUGGCAGGAUACAGUACAAACACAAUUGGGAGGAAGGUGACUUCAUCAUAUCAGACAACUGUGCAGUAGCUCACGAGGCGAGCCCAGAGACACAAACUUCUCGUUCACAAGUGGGGCUCAGAGUUCUGCAUCGAACGACUGUUCACAACCCUAUACCUCCAGCCAAGACUUUAUGACUUCAACUCUCUCCAUUUGACUACACUUUCUAAAUAACACUAGAGCCUGCAAUUUAAAUUUUUGCUAUAAAUAAAAAUUUAUAUAAUAUUUUUACUUAACUAUUUUUUACACUUAAUUUACACUUAAAAACUUAUUUAUUUCAAACGUGUGAAGGUAUUUUCAGGAUAGGAAUGGAAAUAGUCAAUAUAAUUUGUGGUAAUGGAAAUGGUUGGUAGAUUUAGUGGAGGGCCUGAUGUUGCCAGUUAGUUGCAAGUUGAAGCCUCCUGUUUUACUCAGAACAUCCCUUUACUCAAUGUUCAAGUAUCAAAAUUUUAGUCUUUGACUGAUAUAAUCUCGUCUUUGAGCUCAUCAUGUGUUGGAUUUUUAUUUCAACUCUUGUGUUAUCGAACAUAAAAACAUUUAUUAUUUAACUCCUGAUUUCAAGGAAAGAAUUCAAUUAUUUCUUGUGAUCUAGUCUUAAGUAUUGUACUAGUUACUAUUUUCAUAAAUAAAUAUGACUUUUCAGAA